AUGGGAAAUGCGUGUCUUUCCUGCCUCACAGGUCGAUCGAGGGACAGCCUCUACGAACCAAUCAUCGCAGACAGUGAACGCGAAGCUGUAGCAGACCUCUUACAGUAUCUAGAGAACCGAAAUGAGACAGACUUCUUUACCGGCGAGCCACUUCGGGCUCUCAGUACCCUUGUCUACUCGGAUAACGUCGACCUCCAGCGAAGUGCCAGUCUGACCUUUGCAGAGAUAACCGAGCGAGAUGUCCGUGAAGUCGACCGGGAUACGCUGGAACCCAUAUUAUUCCUGCUCGAGAGCCCUGACAUCGAGGUCCAGCGGGCUGCCAGUGCUGCUCUGGUAUGCCUUUUCUUCUUCUCCUUUUUUUUUUCUUUGGUUUUCUUUGUUUCAUCUACAGAGACCUUGGAAGCUGACCAGAUAUUACUCCUAGCCGAGAACAAGGUGUCGAUAGUCAUGUUGGGAGGCCUUGCUCCUCUGAUCCGGCAGAUGAUGUCUACCAACGUCGAGGUGCAGUGCAAUGCCGUUGGAUGUAUCACUAACCUGGCUACCCACGAAGAAAACAAGGCAAAGAUAGCUGGCUCUGGAGCUCUCGGGCCGCUCACCAGACUCGCCAGAUCCAAGGACAUGCGUGUACAGAGGAAUGCGACUGGCGCUCUCCUCAACAUGACUCACUCAGACGAAAACAGGCAGCAGCUUGUCCUGGCUGGCGCGAUACCGAUCCUGGUCCAGCUGCUUACCUCACCAGAUGUCGACGUCCAGUACUACUGCACCACGGCGCUUAGCAACAUUGCUGUUGACGCUCUAAACCGGAAGAAGCUUGCGCAGACAGAGUCACGCCUCGUACAGUCUCUAGUUCAACUAAUGGACUCGUCUACCCCCAAAGUACAGUGCCAGGCAGCACUAGCCCUCAGGAACCUAGCUUCAGACGACAAGUAUCAACUGGAGAUUGUCCGUGCUCGGGGUCUCCCGCCACUGCUUCGGUUACUCCAGUCAUCCUACCUCCCCUUAAUACUCUCUGCGGUGGCGUGCAUCCGCAACAUUUCCAUACACCCAAACAACGAGUCGCCUAUCAUAGACGCAGGCUUCCUCAAACCACUAGUCGACCUUCUUGGCUCUAUCGACAACGAAGAAAUCCAGUGCCACGCUAUUUCUACUUUGCGUAAUCUUGCUGCAAGCUCCGACAGAAAUAAGGAGCUAGUCUUGGAAGCCGGCGCCGUUCAAAAGUGCAAGGAGCUUGUGCUUCAAGUUCCGCUGACCGUGCAGUCGGAGAUGACGGCUGCCAUAGCCGUCUUGGCGUUAAGCGACGACCUCAAGGGCCGUCUAUUGAAACUUGGAGUCUUUGAAGUACUUAUUCCUCUAACUGCCUCCGAGAGCAUUGAGGUUCAGGGCAAUAGUGCGGCCGCCUUGGGCAAUCUAUCAUCGAAAGUUGGUGAUUACUCUAUCUUCGUUCGAGAUUGGACCGAACCAAAUGGCGGACUUCACGGCUAUCUAAACAGAUUCCUAGCCAGCGGAGAUCCCACCUUCCAACAUAUCGCAAUUUGGACUCUUUUGCAACUGAUAGAGUCAGAAGACAAACGACUCAUUGGCUUUAUCACUCGCUCCGAAGAUAUAAUACAGCUAGUACGCGCGAUUGCAAACAAGAAUCUCGAGUCUGACGACGAAGGCGAAGACGGCGAAGAAGGCACCGCCGAAGUCAUCGCCCUCGCACAGAGAUCCCUCGAACUUCUCGGCUUCGACUCCAAGCACAGCUGA